GUCGUAUAUUCACCAAAGAGAAAACAGAUCCUUUGAAGAGCGCAGCGCCAGAUAAAGCAUCAAGCCCAGAAUGCAGAACUCGUCCGCGUUCAGUGUUGACUCGCUGAUGGGAAAGAAGACCCUGGACUCUAAAACGAACGAUAUGGAGAAAGAAAGCGAGAGAAAGUCGGCAUUUUCUGUCGCCCCUCCGUUACCAAAGCGAGAAUUUCAUCUUCCCAGUGUCUGUAACUGCCAGCCUUGUCAACAAACGGCUGUGUCAGGGUUUACUGCAAUGAGCCAAGCUGUAGCCGAACCGAGGUUUAUGUCCUUACAAUCGAUGGCUGGAACUGUAUCAGUACCUGCUCCCGUGUAUCUCCCGAAAGCAGCUCCGCAAAGAAGAAAGAGAAAGGAGAGCAAAACACGCCGACAACGCACAACCUUCACCAGCGAGCAAACUCUUAAGCUUGAACUCGAGUUUCACCAAAACGAGUACAUCACUCGAUCAAGGCGUUUUGAGUUGGCUGCCUGUCUUAACCUGACUGAAACACAAGUCAAAAUAUGGUUCCAAAAUCGCCGAGCGAAAGACAAACGCCUAGAGAAAGCGCAAAUGGAUCAGCAGUUGAGAAUCGCAAGUUACGCGGCCGGAGCAGGGAUUACAUAUCCGCCAUCUUACUUCAAUUAUUAUUCAUCCCAUUACUACAAAAACAAUCCUGCUCAGGUGACUGGUAACAUCACUCAAAGGGUUGUGUAAACAGAAAUAACUUUCUGCAAGUGGAACAGAACUAUUUAUUGUUGUGCAGACUGCGGUAAUGAACUUUUAAUAUAAUAUGGUUUUGAAUCAUUUACAUCCGUACUCGGGCAAUUUAAGAUUCCUAAUACUUCCUUGGCAUACGCGAGAAUUUAAUUUUUCAUUCAUCUUGCAAACUUUCCUCUAUAGACAAGGUGCAUGCUUUUAAUUGUGAGUAACGUUCCUAGACACAGAAAAUCAAAUAAUUUUGGCUGCGCAAUUGUUGUUUCUUUGUUAAUAGAGCGUUUUACUCUGAAGUUGGAGCAUUCUGUUAAUGAUAACGAUCAAGGUUGAGUCUGGGUUAAUUUACGUAAUGUAAAUACACUCAUAGAAACUUCAAUUAAAUUGUACAUAGAUAUAUUAUAUUUAGGUUUACUGGAUUAUCUUGUAUGGAGAGACAUCUCGCUUUUCAUGCGAGAAUUGCUUAUAAACCGCUCGAAUUGCUCCAAUUUCUAUUUGUAGACGUAGCUAAGGGAGACUGGCUGGAAUGUCAAAAAUCGAGUUUUCUUGGCAAACCUUCUCUUGUUAAUUACAUUUUCUCCUUAUUAAAGCAAUAAAUGACCUCGAAACCUGAUAAGAA